AUCAGCUCUGUAUUCAGGUUUUCCUCUUAGACAGCUCAUGAAUUUGAACAUUUAUUCACAUUUUUGAUAUUUUAUAAUUUUUGAUAUUAACAGAAGUCAUAGCAAGGACUAAAUUAUAUUCACACAAUCAACUUUUUGAUUAGAAGUGAAAAUCUACAACAGCCAUGUUGUUGGCAGAAGCUGGAUGUUUGUUUCUGGGAUUCAUUCUGUGUCUGUCAGGUGGUCAGGGAAAACCAAACAGCAUCUGUGCCUUGAAAGGUUCAUCAGUGAAUCUGCCCUGCUCACAUCAACAUCCCACUGCAAGAAAUAGCUGGUACACUGGACACUGGACUGUCUCCAAGAUAAUGUUCUCAGCAGAUGAAACACAUGUAAAGUACAGCAUGUCAGCAGAGAGUAAUUUCACUCUAACAAUCAAUAAUCUAACAGAGAGAGAUGCAAAUUUUUACUGUUGCAUUAAAACUGCUGACACAUCAAAGUGUCAACAAAGUGGAAUUCAUCUCCAAGUUACAGAGCUGCAGGUAAAGGUGAUUCCUGCCACACAGGGACAGACAGUAACACUGAUGUGCAGCAGCAGCUGUCCUCUGACUGAAAAGCCUGCAGCCUACAUCUGGUACAAGAACAGAGAGUUUCUCUAUGAGGACUGGUCUCCCUGGUACCAAGAGCUGCUCAGCAGUGAGGAAGCAGUCACAUACUCCUGUGCUGUCAAAGGCUACGAGGAUCUCAGAGCCCCUGAAGUCUCUGUGGAUUCCAUCACACAGACCUGCUUCAGUGUGACCUAUGCUAAAGGGAGAAUGUGUUCUUCUCAGCAGACAUCAGUGGACGAGUCCUGCUCCAUCACAUAUCCCAGAGAAAUUCAUGUCCAGAGGACUCCUGCUGAACACAAAGAUCACAUCAGACUGACCUGUAACAGCAGCUGUUUUCUGACUGACCCUCUGAUUUCCUUUGUGUGGUAUGAGAACAGAAAGCCUACACUGAAGGAGGGAAAACAGAUUCAGGUUCCCCGCUCUCAAACAGACAGUUUGUCUUGUGCUGUAAAAGGUCUUGAGGAUGUGCGCUCUGCUGACGUCUGUGUAAAUGGUUCCUGCUGGAGUUUGAAUUAUGUCCACAGCAGAAUCUGUGCUCUGGAAGGAUCUUCCGUCAACAUCUCCUGUAAAUACUCACAUCCUGACUAUGAGCAGAUACAGUCUAAAUGUUGGUAUAAAGUCAAGAGAGAAGCUGAACAGCUGACUGAGGAUGCAGAUCAUGUGGAGUAUGAUGACAGCAUGAAGAACCAACACAUCCUCAGAUUAAAGAAGCUGAAGAGAGAUGACUCAGCAGAAUACAGGUUCACCAUCACAGCAGAAAAUGAAGAAGUGAAACAGUCUGAUUUUCCUGGAGUUACUCUGAUUGUCACAGAGCUGAGAGUGAAGAUGAGCCCUUCUGCAGUGGUGACAGAGGGUCAGAGAGUCACACUGACCUGCAGUACCAGCUGUCCUCUGACUGACAACACAAACUACAUUUGGUACUUGAACAGUCGACCUCUGACCCCGAGAGAGAACCAGAACAAACAUCUGAUCCUAGACCCAGUCAGCAGGGAGGAUGCAGGAAGCUACUCCUGUGCUGUGAAAACCAACAAAGAUAUCAGCUCUGCUCCAAAGACUCUCACUGUCCAAAGUAUCACAGGAACAUGGACACCAGCAGCUGCAGGAGUUUCUGCAGCUCUGCUGCUUUUAAUACUUCUCACUGUCUUCUGUUUGAUCAGAAAAAAGAGGCCUUGCAGCAAUUGUUCAGGAAAUGAAAUAAUGGAGAACUCCACGUAUGAAAGCUUCUCAGCUCCGCUGCCAGAGGAGGAACCUAACUACAGUGAAAUCUGCUUGUCCAAGAACAAAACAGAGACUAUUUACUCCACUGUUCAGCCAUUUCAACCACAAGAGCAGGACCAUCACCCCUAUAAUGUUGUGGACUUGAGAAACAAGACUGCUCCUAAGCUCAAUGACCAGGCUGUGGACACCUAGAAACUUUACAACACAUCAACCUAAAGAAGAUAAAAUAUAACAAGACAUCUGGCUGUACAGGAUUUGAGUGUAUUUGUUGAGAUGUUGGCUUUUUUUUUUUUUUUUUUUUUGAUGAGUAUUUACGUGUUGUGGGCGCUCUUGACAGCAUUAAUGGAUACGCUUAUAGGAAUUGAAACUAAGUGACUAGGAAGGCUUAGCAGCUCUUGAUCUUGAGACGCUCACUCUCAGGCUCUGCCUCACACCAAAUACGAGGAAGCCUCAAAACCAGUGCUUUUUGAAUAGUGUGUAAUUAAAACCACUAGUCUUUCACACAUUACAAAAUCUCAGUUAAGUCUUGGAAUUUUCCACUGAAUACAUAACACAUUUGAACCGUUUCCCAAAAAUGUGCCAUUUUAGGAGUUAUUACUUUUUAGUAUCAAACUGGGAGUCUUAUUUAACCUAUUAUAACUAUCAUCUACUGUUUUAAUCAAAACUGUUGACUAGCAGGUUUGCAAGUCAGAGAUGUUUUGCCCGGUUAUGGUUAUGUUAUGCAACCAAGUUACUCUUGUAGACUUUUAGCCAUUGCAGAGACACUACAGAAGAGAGAGACUGGUUACUCCAAGACUGGAGAGUUGACAACAGGAUAAGAGGUCAUAGAAACACAACUUCCAGGUGGGGGAAAGAGGUGUCCAACUCCAGUCCUCGAGAGCUACUGUCCUGCAGCUUUUAGAUGCGUCCUUGUUCUGACACACCUGAAUCAAAUGAAUGGCUUGUUACCAGGCCUUUGCCAAACUUGAUGGCAUGCUGAAGAGGUAAUCCAAUCAUUUGACAACUGUAUUGGAAUAGGGAUGCAUCUAAAAGCUACAGGAGAGUAGCUCUCGAGGACUGGAGUUGGACACACCUGAUUUAGAGAUUCAUAAAUGACUUCACAAGUUCCCAGAUGCAAUUCUGUCAAGUUUACAGACUUGCUAGAAGCAUUCUGGAGCAAGUUAAUGAUAACGAAAAUAAAUUCUCAACCAACAUGAAACAUCUGCCGUCAGAUGACAUAUACCCAGUUAAUUGGAUAUUUUAAUAAAAUAUAGUAUUUAGUAAGUAAUUCUUUUUUCAACUUUUUAUUUUAUUUAGGCUACAGUUAUAAAUUUUACGUUUUAAUAAGCUGGCGUCCCUAUGAUGCCUUGUCUACUUUUAUUGUUACACAUAGUAUGUUUUAUAAUAUCCAAAGGUUCUCAUGUGUUUUCAGUAUUUACCAUAAUCAUGUGCAUUAUGUUAUCUUUUUUUUGGUUUGUAAUAUGACUACUUUUGAAAAUAUAUGUAAUUUGACAUGUACAUUAUCAUUACAAUUAAUGUCCAAGGUUUUUCACUUUUGUGUCUACUUCUGUCUUUAUAAAAGUUGAGUUAA